UAACGGCUACCAUUCCCCCCCCCCCUUUUUUUUUUUUUCUUCAUACCCUUCUCAUUUUCGUUUUGUUUUCUCAAUCCGUACUCUAUACCACCACUCAAGCUUUAUAAGUUGUUGUUGUUUCCCUCCCUGUUCCUGGGCUCUGAUGAUAAUUGGAGAGAUGCUAUUGCCACUAGCAUCUCGCAUCUGGCAUAUGGCGUCUGGCAUAUACCAUUAGGCGUUAUUUCUCUUUUCCCUUCCAUUCCUAUAUUUUUUCAAUGAUACCAGCCCCGCAUCCCGUUCUUGGAGAUAUAGGUAAUUAGAUUUGUCCAUGAUAUACCCUCCUUUUUAAUGAGCAAUUGUGCACUUUGGAUUUUUGUCCUCUAUGCUGUCAGAAAAAGGCUCCCUUUUUGCUUUACGAACAAUGGCAAGUGGAAACAAGCUCUGGCCUUAACUUUAUACCACAGCCAGCUAUGCCCUAUUAUACACAUAUACAUUUAUACUCUUUCUCCCAAUGCCAAGCCAUGAUCAAGGUUUUCUCUUAAGUCCCUUAUGCAUGGAUUCUGUUUUGCGGCAGGCGUGAGCUCCAGAGCUAUAGUAGACAUCAAGGUUCAUCUGCCAGCGUAGCUGGCUGGGUACCAAACAUUCCUUGUCCGAAGGGGAAAAGGGACGUUCUGCUAAAGGCCAGCGAUAUUCUGGAUUGCUACAUGAUAUCUUACAUAUAUAUAUCUAUACUUUUGCGACACGUUUAUCUGCAGCGGAAGGCAGUUCCCUCCAUUUCCACGUUUUCCUCCCCCGCAACCGAUUCCCCCGUAUUAUCCACCCGCCAAACCAUUUCCAUUCUCAAUCAACUCUUCUCAACGUACUCACCCCCCAACACCGCAAAAUCUCACCGAGAAGAUCUCACAAAAAUGGAGAACCAAAAUCCGUACAAAGCUCCAUCAGCACCAAGUGAGCAAGCCAGAGAGCGAGACAUGAGAGAAUCAACCAUCACUGUGGCGCCCUCGUCCCAGCAACCUCUCCUCGACCAGGAUACAAACGUCAACCUAUGCCAGCUUCUAGUGGACACCUUUGAGAAAGUCGGCAAGGCAUCCGGUGCCGGCGGUUUGGACACGAGCAAAUGGGCUGUUAAGGAUGGGGAGAAUCUGUCGCGUCACAGAUAUAGAUCGAAUCCAGCACAAUAUCAUCAUUCUCGUCGUCAUCAUCAUCAUCAUCAACAACAACAAGAGGAGCUGAUGCUACCGCAACAAAAUCAGCUCAGCGUUAGUGGAUCGCCGAGAAUUGGUACAUCUCAUACCAUUCCGCAAGACUACCAGCAGCGGAAGUUUUAUUCUCCGCAGCACGACGAGAAUAUGCACAGUAAGAACCCGGCAGGAGCAAGGGGGGACAGUCCCAGAUCUAGACAGCCUUCUUCGACAAGUUUCGAAGCUACUACUUCUACCCGAGAGGGAGACGCUACGCGAAUCAUCAGUAUUAGAGACGUCGAUAUGGAUGUUGAUAUAGGUUCACUUCGCGCGUUAGUCGGACAGUGUAUUGAUCCAGGGCUCGAGAGGAUUGUAGAUGUUUGGGAGGCCGGGGAUACAUGCCGCACGCUAACGCUACAUUUCACCACGGCCAGCAAAGCGAUUAUGUUCUCCUCUUUGCUUGGUCGGUUGCAUAGCUGGUCCAAAUAUAAGGUUGACUACGCUCCUGCAAAUAAUCUUUGAGUGAGUGAGUGAGUGAGUUACUUUAUGUUGGCCCCUUGCUUCAUUAGAAUCUAACAGAUGUGUUACUCAGAGGGAUUGGAACCGCUGUCAAUAUCGACCGGGAUUCACAAGGGGUAGUAGAUAGAGGGGGCUUGCAUGGUUGGGACUAUAAUGCUAGGAUGGUGCCCUGGUGAGAGAAAUGGAAUGAUAAUGAUAAUGAUAAUAGUAAUAGUAAUACUAGGUAGGGAGGAGAGAGCCCGGGGGGGUGUAUAUAAUAAAUACACAUACCCAAUAUCUAUAUGUAACAAAACUUGAAAUGAAGAGAUAAAACUUCAUGUCAGGCAAGACAAACAAUAGCAUCCUCCAUCCACCCAACACUCGGACCGAGCAAGGUACGGAGUAUAGACCUCGACAAG